AUGGCAGAUCAGACCAGUGGGAGCAAUGGAGACAGUGAAGUUGUCUUGGAAAUAAAAGACAAUUCCAGAACCAAGCAAGAGAUCAAAGGCAUUAUGUUCUCUUUUCCCUGUGUUCAAAAGUUGAUUGCGGAGGUCUUUGGGACGUACUUCUUGAUAUUCGCCGGUUGCGGGUCGGUGGCGGUGAACUUGGGCAACGAAAAGGUGGUGACGCUUCCAGGGAUAUCGAUGGUGUGGGGUUUGGCAGUGAUGGUGUUGGUGUACUCGGUCGGGCACAUCUCCGGCGCCCAUUUCAACCCGGCCGUCACCAUUGCUUUCGCCACCUGCAGGAGGUUUCCAUGGAAUCAGGUGCUUCCCUAUAUAUCGGCACAAGUUAUUGGAUCGACAUUGGCGUGCGGGACGCUGCGGUUGCUCUUCACCGGAAAGCUCAAUCAUUUCUUGGGGACACAACCGGCCGGUUCGGAUGUGCAAGCGUUCGUCUUUGAUUUCAUCAUCACUUUUUACCUCAUGUUCAUCGUCUCCGGCGUUGGCACGGACAAUAGAGCAAUAGGAGAAUUCGCCGGUCUUGCUGUCGGUGCAACCGUCUUGCUCAACGUGUUGUUUGCAGGACCAAUAACGGGAGCAUCAAUGAACCCAGCAAGGAGCUUGGGUCCGGCGAUAGUGUCUCGCCAUUACGCCAAGCUGUGGAUCUACAUAGUGGCACCAAUAAUCGGGGCAAUUUCCGGGGCAUGGGUCUACAACCUGAUGCGGUUCACCGACAAGCCCAUUCGAGAAAUCACCGGGUCGUUCCUCCGGAGCUCCGCUUGA